AUGGAAAAGAAGGAAGAGAAGCCAACGACAAUUCCUAGCGAGGAGAUGCCAGUCAAAGAACAAGUAAAGACAAAGGACCUCAGCCCCCUUCCAAUCGAUGAGAAGGUACCUGUCGAUCAAUCUCCGAAGGACAAGUCACCAAUUCCUGUUGUGACCAAAGGAAAGGAGAUUCCCACUGAAAAGGUAGAAGAGAAACCGACGACAAUACCUAGUGAAAAAGAUAUUUCAUUCGGAAAUAAAGUGAAGGACAAAACACCAAGUGCCUUGACUGCUGAGGAAGAAGAGCCCUUUGACAAGAUGCCAAAGGAAAAGUUACCAAGUCCUGUCGAGACUUUAGAAAAAGAAGUUUCAGUGGAAAAGGAGGAAGAGAAGCCAGCGACAGUUCCAACUGAGACGGUGGUGCCAGUCAAAGAUGAAGUUGCGAAAAAAGAUGUCAGCCCCUUGGUGAUUGAUGAGAAGGUACCUGUCCAUAAAUCUCAGAAGGAUGAGUCACCAAGUCCUGUUGAGGCCAAAGAAAAGGAGGUUCUCACUGAAAAGGAGGAAGACAAGCCAACUACUCUUCCUAGCGCAAAGCAGUCACAUAUCUUAGAUGAAGUUAAGGAGAAAACACCGGGCCCCUUGACUGCCGAGGAAAAGAUACCACUUGACACGAUAUCAAUGAAAAAGUCACCAAUUCCUGUUGAUACUUUGGAUAAAGAACGUCCCAUUGAAAUAAAGGAAGAGAAGACAACUUUAACUCCAAGUGAUAAGGAAGAUCCAGUCAAAAAUGGAAUAGAAACAAUAGGCCUCAGCCCCUUGGUGAUCGAUGAGAAGGCGCCUCUCGAUAAAUCUCAGAAGGAUGAGUCACCAAGUCCUGUUGAGAUUUUGGAUAAGAACCUUUCAGUUGAAAAGAGGGGAGAGAAGUCAGCGACAGUCCGAACUGAGAAGGUGGUGCCAGUCAAAGAAGAAGUACAGACAAAAGACCUCAGCCCCUUAGCCAUCGAUGAGAAGUUACCUGUUGAUAAAUCUCAAAUGGCUAUAUCAUCAAGUGCUGUUGAGCCCGCAGAAAAGGAGCUUCUCACUGAAAAGAAGGAAGAGAAGCCAAAGACUCCUCUAAGCGAGAAGCAGACACAAUUCUUAGAUGAAGUAAAGGAGAAGAUACCAAGUCCCUUGGCUGCCGAGGAAAAAGCGCCCCUGGAAACGAUAUCAAAGGAAAAGUCACCAAGUCCUGUUGAGACUUUGGUUGAACUUCCCAUUGAAAAGAAGGCAGAGAAGCCUACCUCAAGUCCUAGCGAGAAGGAGGUGCCAGUCAAAGAAGAACAAGCGACAAGAGACCUCAGCCGCUUGGCAGGCGAUGAGAAGUUGUCUGUCGAUAAAUCUCAGAAAGAUAAGCAACUCAGUCCUAUUGAGACAACAGGAAAAGAGCUUCCCAUUGAAAAGAUGAAAGAGAAGCCAACAACUCUUCUUAGGAAGAAGGAGACAUCAUUGGAAUCGUCAUAUAAAACAACUGCUGAUGGAACAUCCGAUAGUAUAGUAUUGCGGGAAGAUUUGUGUGAUGAUGCAAAAUCUUCAUGGAUUAAUGAUAAAAGUGUACAAAUUUCAGAUAAGAAAAUUGAGUCGAAAUUCUUUAAUGGACAUUCAAAAGAACCUAAAAUAGAUUUCCAUAUUGACGAAACUCAUUCUAAAGAUACUACUAAAGAAUCUUUCUUUUCUGAUGUGAGUGAUAAUAAAGCAUUAUUGAAAGAGGAAAUCGAAACAAAAGAUGAAAAAGAUCUUGAUAAAUUUACCGGUGAUAAACGAUCGAUUGUUGAAUCUACUGUCAGACAUGUGUUCGACAUUAGUGAUCAAAAUGUUCUUACAAAAACUGAUUCUUCACUCAGAAAAGAAUCAUGCUUUCCACAAACAGCCUCGGACGAAACUGUACUCGACUUUGACGAUAAAUUAUCUUCAAUCUCUACUAUUGAUAGUGGAAUUAUAGAUAGAGAUAGUUAUACUCAUACUUUGUUACAUGGGAGCAGUUCUGAAGAUGUUUCAAAAGAAGGCAGUUUAGAAGAAAAAUAUAGUUAUGAAAGUACAGAAAAAUCCGAAAAGAAAUCUCCCCAAACGCUUAAAGAUCAGAAAUUAACAUUAGAUGAAAUUGAAAGUCACACCGACAAAUCAAAGGAAACAAAUGAAACAGAAACACAGAGGUUUGCCGAGACACAUCUUCUUGAAAGUGUUAAGAAAGCAUUUACGGGAGAAAUCGUCCAACAAGGAAUUAAAACAGAAGAAGUUCAGUCAAUACCAAUUCGUACAAAAAUUGACAGGGUAGGAACUCCUCCUACUGUACCCGUAAGUCCAUUACCAAAAACUCCAAGUAGUUAUCAAGAUAUUAAAGUUUCUGAUGGUGUUCAGAGUGAACUUAAGUAUGACAAACUCCAUGGAUCCGAGGAGACAAUAAAAAAAAUUGUGCAUGUGGGAGAAGAUAUUUUAACGCAAAAGAUCUCGACAUCUACGGAAAAGGUAUCAAAACCACUUAAGGCUGAUAAAGAAGACUAUGAUGAUGAAUCUGAAAUGUUAUCUUUACUGCAAACAAUGGGAAAAAUAAAAACUGAAACAGAUACUGUCACGAAAAUUAUAAAAGAAGGUGAAAAUGUUCUGACACAAACAAUUACCACGGUAACAACAAAAGAAAUCAUUUCUAGGGAAGAUGGCACACCUCAAAAUGUGAAAACUACUAUUGAAACUACAACCUUAAGUAAAAGUUCAGAUGGCUCAACGACAACUACAACAGAUACUCAGACAUUACUUUCCGAGUGUUCUUCUACUCUCAGAUCAACUUCUCAGAUGGAUUUAUAUGAUAAAGAUAGAAAACUGGAUAAAUUUUACUUACAACAUAGCGACGAUAAAUCUGAAUCGGAAAAAAGCUGUCCGGUUCAAUUUAUUAGCAAUGAAGAAGCACCCGAGCCUGAUUCGCCUUUUAUUACCAAAGGUGAACAGUUUAUAAUGGAAGAUGUUGAAAAUGAUAGCCGCAUAGAAGAUACUAUUAUAGAUACUGAUGUUAGUAAGAAAAUAAUAAAGGAAAAUAAUAUUGACAUAAUCGAAACUAUAACUACUACAACUAAAAAGGAAACUUUACGAAUUGACGAUAGUAAGACAAUUAUAAGAACUACUAUAGAAACAAACAAAACAAAGGAAUAUCCUGAUGGUGCCAAAGAUGUUCAAAAGAACGUGGAAGUAAAAACUGAAGAAAUAACUAUCGACUCAAGUAGCAACCUUGACAAAUUGCUUUGUGACUUCACUGUAUCUGGUGAACCAGAAGAAUCCGUCUCUUCGGAAACUGAACGUAUAACAUGCGACGGUUUUGUUAUCAAACGGACAAUAUUAACAAAAAUAAUAAAAACACAUUAUGUUGAUAGCUUUGGCGUUCCAAAGAAAUUAAAGACUGUUACUAUUGUAACAACGACUGAUGAAUAUCCGGAUGGCUCUUUGCAAACUAAAGUUGACAGUAGUACAUCAUUAGAAGAUGUAGAAAUGGAAGACGUAAUUGAAAAAUCGGAACUGACUGAAUACACAGUUCUUGAGGACAAAUCAGUGGACGUGAAUCGUCAAGAAACAAAUAUGACACUAAAUGGCAGGAUAGUUCCACAAAUUAUAACAACAACAACCACAAAAGAAGUUCUAAGUACAAAAGAUAAAAUAAAGAAAAAACUUAAGACUACUGUAGAAACAGUCACAGAGUCAUUACUACCAGACGGUUUAACGGAAGUUACAAAAGAUAUUAAGAUAUCCAUUUCUGAUUAUGAAAACCAUCGUGAUCAAAUGGAUUCUUUAGAUGGACUUGUACAAAUAGGAGAACCUAUAGAAGAUUCGAACACAGAAAUAGAAACUAUUACAGACUCCGGUGUAACAAUAAAAAGAAAAACAACAACCAUCACAAAAUUACAAUAUUUUUAUAAUACAACUAAUAAUCUGAGAAGAUCAAAAACGACAACAACUACUAUAGUUGAAGAUGAGCAUCCUGAUGGUUCUGUGAUAACGAAAACAAGUGAAAAGGUUACCAUUUUAGAUGAAGAAUUGAAAGAUGAAGGCAUCUCAGGUGAUGGUAUAAGUGAAGAUCAGAUACAAGCAAAGAAACUUGCUACAAUUCUUAAAGACCUUACUCCUGUUGUCGAAGACACAUAUCCUGAUGGAACAGUUAUAACGAAAAGAAAUGAGAAGGUAUCAAUCGGAGAUGUUUGUUCAGAAACUUCGUUAAUAAACGAAGAUAAGGAACCAACAGACUCCGGUGCUGAAGAUGCUGAGGUUGUGGAAGACACGAGUGAGGAUUCAGAUAUUAAAAGUGAAAUUGUUAAACAGGGUUCCAUAACUAUAAGACGCACAAUAACGACUAAAACAAAACGAGAAACUCUGGCCAGCGCGGAUAAAAAUAUUAAAAGAGUACGAACAACCGUCGAAACUACAACCGUCGAUGAGUAUCCGGACGGUUCAGUCGAAACUACAAAAGAUGUAAAAAUUACGAUAUCGGAAUUUCAAAAAACUUCAGAUAGUGAUUUGCAGGCUGCCCUUCAAGGUUUUAUAUCAACCGGAAAAAUAAAGUCAUCAACUGAUAGACAGACUAAUGUGUUAUCAGAAAAUAUCACGCAGAACAUUACUACGUAUGUAACCAAAGAAGAAUUCAAAAAUAAUGAAACAAACGAGAUUGCUGUUAAAACUGUUACUGAGACAGUGACAGAAAAUGCCCACGAUGACGGAACUGUUGAAACAACAAAAGAUGUCCGAACUCAAAUAACAUACCUUCCACCUGGUACGGGUUUAGAUGAUUGGUCCCCAGAGGAUAUAGAACAAAUUGCAAAACAGCCCAAACUUCAAGAGGAUAGACCUAAAAUCGAUGAUUUAAAUUUCGAAGGUAAAAUUGAACCGCGGGUGAGCGAAAAGCCUAAAAAGCAACGGUCCCCAGUGGGAGAAAUUACCACUGAUACUGAAACAUUCACAAAAAUUAUAAAAGAAGGAGACAACGAAAUAACCCAAACAAUCACAGUUGUGACAACAAAAGAGGUCAUUAGUCCGGAAAAAAUUAAGGUCACUGUUGAAACUACCACCGUAAGCAAAGGCAGUGAUGGCAUUACUAAAACUACGAAAUCGACUAAGACUACAAUAUCAGAAUUCAAAGAAGAGUAUGAAGAAGUUAUUGAUACUGGUGGAAGUGAAAAAUCUUUCUCUAAGCUCUCGUCCAAAACGGGUGACAUGCGAAGUUCUUCCGCCGCUAGCGACGAUCUGGACCACCCUGGCAUUUCAACACCACCUUCAGACAUUAGUUCAAGAGGAUCACGUACAGCCACUCAUAUAUGGGGCACUGAGAGUAGUGGCAUGUAUUACAGUGAUGACGAUGGCCAAUGCAGUCCAAGUAGCACGAAGUCUCAAAUAGCACACUCACCCCGAUCAAAUGUUAGCUUUGAGCUUGAUCCCAAAACAGCACAGCAAUCGGAUAUAUGUUCGGAUAUUCCAAUGGAAAAGUCGGAAUAUGACACAACACUAAUAUACAAAGACACAUCGUCCUCUGUUCGUUUGGGACAAAUCGUCGAUAGUGACUCAUGCACAUCUUCUUCUUAUUCCGAAGUUAAAUCUGAAGUUCAUGUCGACCACAAGAGGGUAAGUAAAACAACGGAGGAAUUCCUAUCGCACGAGAAGUUAAGCUCAGGUGUAGAGAAACGUAGCAUUAAAUCUGAUGCCACUUUCCUUAAGGAAGCUGAUGAACAAUUCGAGAAAGCAAUAGAAGAACAUAAAAAAGUGAGCGGAUCAGAUGUAAUAUCUAGUAUCACGGCGAAAUACGAAUUAGACCAACAAAGUCAUUCUAUUAGCAGUCAUCAAAUGUCAACAAAAGAGGAGAACAAAAUUACACUGAAAGACCUUAAAUCGGAAUCGAGGAAAACUUCUGAGGCAACAUCAUCUUCAACUUUAACAACACAAACAUCAAAGUAUGAAUCCAGAUCGAGUGAUCGAAGCGAUCCAAUAGAGUCCUGGGGCAAGCCCUUAGGUCUGCCUAGCCCUAUUCAACCGCCAAAUCAGAGCGACGGUAAGAAUACUCCUAAGAAGCAAGUGCCUAUUUCGAAUGUUCAAAUCAAGAACAAAAUAAAUCAGGAGAAAAGCAAAGAAGCCAAAAAUAGGGCGUCAGAGUCUCCCAGCAAAAAGAAAUCGCCUAGUCCUGUUUAUAUGGAACUAACUUACGUGCCCCAUCAUGGCAACUCUUACUAUUCCGCGUUGGAGUUCUUCAAACGUGUCAGAGCCCGUUACUACGUGUUCUCCGGUACAGAACCCUCAAAAGAGAUUUACAACGCACUACUCGACGCUAAAAAGACCUGGGAAGAUAAAGAAUUAGAAGUGACCAUCAUUCCCACGUACGACACCGACGUGCUCGGCUACUGGGUGACCGAGAACGAGGAGGCGCUGGAGAAGUUCAAGAUAGACCUCUCCCCCUCAGCGUCCCGUUGCACUAUCAACCUGCAGGACCACGAGACGUCCUGCGCGGCGUACAGACUGGAGUUU